CUUAUUAAAUAGGUUAAAGAAUCAUGAUGGUGUUUCGAAAAAUAAUGCUGCAAUUCUAAGCCCUCAUGUCAAGCCGUCACGAUGCUUCCCAUGGAUCAGGUAGCGGACACAGAAGGAAGUGUCCAAGCGAAUAUGACGAUAUCAGCUCUGAGUCUGAUCAGUUGAUGUUGCAUCCUACUCUCACUCAGACGGACUCUUCGUCUCGCAAAAAGUCGAAAAAGAAGAAACACAAAAAAGAAUCUAAAGAAGAGUCUAGAAAAUCAAGCGUAGCUGACGCUUCAGGCCAGCCGGAGGAAGAAUCAACUGCUUCCCGCAGCGAAAAGAAAAAGAAGAAGAAAAAAGAUAGAAGGCGAAGUCCGCAGGAUCAUGAGUUUCUGGUGACAAGCUCGUAUGUGCCAACGCACGAAAAUAAAGAUGAAUCUUGGAAUGAAGAUGCAAAAGAGUCUAAAAGUAGAAAACGAGAGAGGAAAUCGAGUGCAGAAACAUCAGUGAAACAAAGAUCGGAAACCGAGCAUGGUUCUUACAAGCGUCCGAGAACCAAAAACAGGUCAAGAUCGUCUUCAAGAAACAAUGACUCAUCUUCCAGAAAUUUGUCUAAAGCUUCUGAAAAGUCAGAAAGCAGGCCAAAAAAGUCCAAACGCGACAGGAAAGACGAUUAUUCACGGGACUACAGACACCGAAGCAGAUCUCCGCAACAUCGGUCGAAGCAAAAAUCGUCGUCAAUUCAAACCACGUUCAAAUCGGAACUAGAUAAAAUACAAACUAGCAAAAGAUCUGCUGGAGAUGAUAAUAGUUCAAGUUCUGCGACGGUGUCAGCCUCAAAUACUCCCUAUAAAUCUUUUACGACUUUCGCUACAAAAGAUUCGCUUAUGCCAAAGGCACAAUCGAAAAAUCCCCUAGCCCAAGUGUCGUCAUCACAACAAAUGAAUGUAAAUGUAUCAACCGUUAAUAGCAAUAUAUCUUCCAGUAGUGACAAAGAUAAAAGUUUGAUAAUAUGUCCUCCGCCACCACCGCCGCCCCCACCUUUACCCCCAGACCUUCUCUCGCCUCCCCCAUUGCCGAAAGAGGAAUCAAAUUCGACUACUCCCUCUCUGCCAUCAAAUGAUGGACCAAGUGAGCGAAUUGGAACGGGGAAGCUAACGGAGUUCCCGAUGCCUCCUGCGAAUAUGACGGCACCUCUUUCGGAAAGCGACGACUCAUCGGGUAGUUCGCCCGGGUCUCCAUCGCCCUCGGAGUCUUCCUCGAGUCAAGAGGACGAGAAACCGGAGAGUAACCCGAAAUUGAUUCCAAGACCAGAGUUUAAAACCAAGAAUAGUGGACAUGUACUGUCUUCAGGGAGGAAAUCACUCGUAGAAGACUUGCCACUUCCCAAACUGUAUCCUAAUGCUGCAAUUGCAGUUGCCUCUCCUCAGUUGGCAAAAUUGAAGCAAGAGGUGGCUGAAGAUGACAACAAAAGCACAGGAUCAGUAAACAGCAACUCGCCUACAGGAAUCACAGACGGGAUUGAGGCACCAAAACCUAAAGUUCUGAAGGUUCCCAGCAAUAUCGCCAAGUUGCGAGCGGAGCAGAGGGCAGUGGAGACAUGGCCGUUUGGGAGUGUGGACCAGUUUGAACUCAUCAGCCAGAUAGGAGAGGGCACAUUCGGACAGGUGUUCAAGGCACGCCACAAGGAGUCAGGUACAAUGUAUGCACUGAAGAAGGUGUUGACUGACAAGGAGCGCGAGGGAUUCCCCAUCACCUCCAUUAGAGAAGUGAAGAUUCUCAGACAGCUGAAGCACGCGGCCAUUGUGAACCUAGUGGAAAUAGUCACUGACAAGGCAUCUGCGCAUGAGUGGAAAAACGGAAAAGGCAGUUUCUACCUGGUGUUCGAGUACAUGGACCACGACCUGCUGGGAGUGCUGGACAGUCGUCUGGUGCAGUUCACGGAGGAGCAUGUGAAAAGUUUGAUGAAACAGUUGCUGGACGGACUGGCAUACUGCCACAAGAAGAAGUUCCUCCACCGCGACAUCAAGUGCUCCAACAUACUCAUCAACAACAAGGGCCAAUUGAAACUGGCCGACUUUGGACUGGCGAGACUGUAUGAUGCAGAUGAUGCGAACCGGCUCUACACGAACAACAUCAUCACCAUCUGGUAUAGACCUCCCGAGUUGCUCCUAGGAGCAGAGAGAUACGGACCCUACGUCGACAUAUGGUCCACGGGCUGCAUCAUGGGCGAGCUGUUUAUGAGUCGCGCGCUUUUUCAAGGCAUGGAUGAGGCCCAACAGUUAGAAGCUAUCGCUAGGGUAUGUGGCACGCCUUGUCCUGCUAACUGGCCAUUGGUGAUUGAGCUGCCACUUUUCUCGAAGCUGAAACCAAAGAAAAUGUACAGAAGGAUGUUGAGGGAGACAUACGCACAAAUUCCAGCAGAUGCUCUGGACCUGCUGGACAAGAUGCUUACUCUGGAUCCGAAGAAAAGGUGCUCUGCCGCCGAGGCACUCAACCACCACUGGCUCUACAAUGUUAUACCAGAACAGAUGGAACCUCCAAGCCUGCCAAAAUAUCAAGACUGCCACGAGCUAUGGUGCAAAAAGAGACGCAAAAGACUCAAGGACCAACAGGCCAGAAAUGUAAAUCUCCAAACACUCAUCAGCGAAAGCCGAUUCGAAGAGGCAUUUCAACACAUCAAUGAUCUAUUCAUGCAACUAAACGAGGCUUUCACAAUACCUGACAGAUCCAAAGCAGAAUCCUGCGUUCAAUCUAUACUACAGAAUAUAGACAUUCCGACAGUUACGCAUUUUCUGGAACAGCAGAAGCAAGGAGCAAGUACGGUUGACCAAUCAACCUUCAGUAAGACUGAGGCUCUAACGCAGGAGAUGUACACGAGAUUGAUGGAGUUUUACCAGAAGGGAAAUGUCACGACUGGACAUUGACUGUUGUUCGAUCACGAUGUGUGACAUCGAAUUAACACUUAACUUAAAAAAAAUGAUUUUUGCAAUAAUUAUUUUGGUUAGAAAAAUUUUGAUCUC